AUGAAUAGAAUCCAGAGGCUGACAAAUGCAAGGGUACAUGUAUUCCCCGAAAUCGACACGAUCAACACCAGCGGUGAGCUCAAGGCCGAACACUCGACCAAAAAGGGGGCAGUCAUCGCGUCUCUGCAGCUCGGGGCGCUCGUGGGCGCCCUCUCGUGCAUUUCCUUUGGUGACCGGCUUGGCCGGCGCAAGACCAUCUUUCUGGCUGCCAUCAUCGUCAUUAUCGGCCAGCUGUUGCAGACCUCAUCGUACGGCAUCAUUCAGUUUGCCCUGGGCCGGGUGAUUCUCGGCAUUGGGGUCGGGCAGCUGAGUGCCACAGUCCCAGUGUUCCAGGCCGAAUGUAGCUCGGCGAAGCAUCGUGGGCAGCAUGUCGUUGUUGACGGCAUCUGCAUGACUCUGGGGUUUGUGCUGUGCAACUGGAUCGACUUUGGCUUCAGCAAGACAUCGGGUGAAACUCAAUGGCGCGUCCCGCUGGCCCUGUCCUUUCUCUUCCCGCUGACUAUUCUGGGGACGGUCUUUCUGCUGCCUGAAUCGCCGCGCUGGCUUGUGCUGGUCGCCCGCCGCGAUGAGGCGGCCCACAGCCUUGCAGCCUACAAGGGCCUCAGAGUGGACGAUGAGGCCAUCCAGACAGAGAUUGCGAGCAUCGAGUCGUCGUUGGAAAUUACCGAGCAGUCCAGCCGUCUCACCCUGCGGGAGCUGUGCCUCGGAGAGGAUGACGAUCGCCUUCUGUACCGGUUCGGCCUGUGCAUGCUCAUCCAGUUCUUCCAGCAGAUGUGUGGCGGCAAUCUGAUCUCCACUUACAUCUCGACCAUCUUCGAACAAAACCUCAAGCUGGGCAAGGACCUCUCGCGGAUCCUCGCCGCCAGCGCAUUAACGUGGAAAACGCUGUGCAAUUUCAUCCCCUUCUUCGCCAUCGACCGCCUCGGCCGGCGCAAGCUCUUCAUGUUCAGCGGGACGGGAAUGAGCGCGUGUAUGAUCGUGCUAGCCGUGACGACCAGCUUCGGCUCCCGGGACCGAUCUCUCUCAAUCGUCUCGGCGGCAAUCAUCUGGCUGUUCAACUUCUUCUACCCCAUUGGCUUCUCCGGGGCCAAUUUCGUGUACUGCACCGAGGUGGCGCCCGUGCGGUUGCGCGUCGCCAUGGCCUCGGCGUCCACUGCAAACAAGUGGUUAUGGAACUUCAUCGUAGUCAUGAUCACGCCUGUGGCGCUCGAUACAAUCGGUUACCGGUAUUAUAUUGUCUUUGCGGUGAUUUCGGCUUGCAUCCCUGUUGCGGUGUUCUUCUUCUAUCCGGAGACGAUGGGCCGCAACCUGGAGGCUAUGAAUCAGGUCUUCCGCGAUGCGCCGUCGGUGUGGCAUAUUGUGGCAAUGGCAAGAAGGCUUCCGCAAGGAGAUGUGGCUGGGUUUGAUAUGCAGACUGGGGAGGAGAAGAUUCUGGUGGAGCAGAAGGAACAUGCAUGA